AUGACAAGGAGUAUUGUGGGGAGUCAAAUGAUUAAGGAGGCAACAGAUCAAAUUCUAGCACAGGCAACUCUAUCUCCUGAUGUUUCUUCUUUGUGGAGUCCUUAUGUAAUAGGAUUUUCAGUGUAUGGAAGAGAGGAUGCAUGCUUUAACAGGAAGGAUGAUAAGACUGUCUAUACAGGGUCCGGAAAUAUAUCGCAAGGAAACCCAUUUGAGAUGCCUCAGAAGAGCACGGUGCCCUCCCUUUAUAUCAAGGAUGUAGUUGCUACGCUGGACUGGAAAGAGAAGCCCCAGUUUCAAAAUCAACUUCUAUAUAUCAAUUGGAUCUUGAAAAAGAUGGGCAUCCGUAGUUAUGAUGAAUCACCCCAUGCAGAGGAUGAUUCUUUGCAAUUCUGUAAUCCUAUCUUCGCAACUGGGCUUUGA